CGCGGAUGCAUUUCAGUGCAUUUUUGCAGUUUAGGCCAAACUUUUGACCCGACCAAUCCUUACGUGCAGGUCAUUUCCAUCGCAAAUCUAGUUGCUGUUGUCUACCUGAAUCGUCCAGCAAUCCUAUGUCUGACGAUAGCUGGACAUGGUUUUGUUUAGUUUCAAGCGGCAUGUCUCCAAGUUGAACAGUUUCUAAACAACGCGUUCCACCAAGCUUGGCUUUAUAAAACGGUUGGUGCGCCUGUUCCGGUACACCAGUCGUAGUUUAGAAAUUCGCCAUGUGGUUACGAGUGACGCUAGCGUUCGGUUUGUUGGCGGUGACCCUCGCCGAGGUCAAGCCCUGCGAGUACGGGGACAAGAUCUAUCGGAUCAACGGCAACUCGAUCGACUUUCCGUGCGAAUCGACCAAGAACAUCUUCAUCACGACGGAGCGCUUCAAGCCGAGCAGCAUCAUCCCGUUGCGGUUCCAGAUCGACAAAAAGCAUGACCGAGCGCUGGUGGUGCUGCCACGGUUGAGGACCGGAAUCCCGAUCACGUUCGGCGUGAUUGACCUGAAGAAGCCCAACUGUUACACCCACAUCAAGCCGUACCCGUGCUGGCCGUACCAGGAGGAAGGAAACUGCAACUCGUUCCAGUCGGUGGUCGACGCGUACAUCGAUGUUAAGAACAACAUCUGGACGUUGGACACCGGAAUCACGAACAACCUGCAGCAACCGAUCCGUCGGUGUCCACCCAAAGUGGUAGCAUUCUCGCUGGACAGUGACAGCACAGUAAAGUCCGUCGAUCUGAGUGAUAUCGUCAAGCCGUCCUCCCGUCUCCAGUACCUCGUAACGGACUAUUCUCAGAACGGCAAUCCCUACGUGUACAUUGCCGACGCCGAAGGAGCCAUCAUCGUGCUGGACAUCCACAACAGCAAGAGCUAUCGGGUGGUUCUUCCACGGGCCAUCGCCGCCGGGUGUGGCGAAUCGGACGUGCUUUACCUGCUGCUCGUGCGUCGUCCCAAGAACCAAAACACGGUCAUCUUUUCGUACCUCUGCGGACAGAAGGUGUACUCGAUCAAGUCGGAAUAUCUGCGCACGGGUCGCGGAUCCAGCGCGAUCGUCGAACUGGGCAGCAAGCACAAACACUCGGUUCUGCUCGGCACGGACGGCGGCAAGAACGUGAUCCUGCGCUACCGUGGCGAGAGCGAGCUGUACCUGUGGGACACCGACCAGGCCUACAAAGAGUGCAACUUUGUGCUGGUCCAGCACUCCGAGGAAUGCCGGCUUAGCACUCAUGUUUCUCCCGGUGGCAAGGACGAACUGCUGUACUCGCUGUCGUCCAACAUUGCCGACUACCUGAACAAUACCAGCGGUGCUGGUGGAGCCUCGGCUCGGCUGAAGUUUAUCAGCAAGGAGUGCGAUGAUGACUGCUUCUAAAAUGGAUGCGGUAAUUUACCUCAAAAGUUGACUGAAAAACUGGUAACUGGGUUUUUAACGAGAAUUAUUCGCAAGACUUGGA